GAGAGGUCCCCGGGAGGCCCCUCGCAGGCCGUAGCCGUUUGGGCCACAGCCCCUGCCGCGUCGGCACAAGAGCUCUCCCCGGCCCCUGCGGGCCCUGCCCACGUUCUCUCGGUCUUGGAUCCUGGGCUCUCCUGCCCCGCCUGCCUCCCGCAUGGCGGCCGCUCUCGCUCCCGUGGUGCGGCGGCUGCUGGCUGCGCUCGCGUGGUCGGCCGUGCGCGCCGAGGGCUGGCGGGCCGCUCCCGGCCCGGCCGCGGGCGGCAGGAGCGCCUUCCAGGGCCGCCUCUCGGAGGCCCUGCAGGAGGGCCUCCGGUGCGGCACCCUGGUGACGCUGCACCGCGCCCUGGAGGUCGAGGCGGCCCUGGUGACCCUGUGGGCGUCCCUCCCGAAGGGGCCGUCCGGCCGCGUCGGGCACCAGCUCCUGCGCUACGCGGUCCACCACUACUUCCGCCACGAGUACUCCGUCAUGAUCCGCGGCCUCGAGUCCGCCCGCCCAGUCAACCAGAGCCUGCUGGAGGCCGACGUCGUCCGGCGGCGGCUGCCCCCUCCGCUCAGGGACCUGCUGCGGUCGGAGGAGGCGCACCGCGAAGGCUUCGACCUGACGGACACGGUGCAGAUCGUCCUGCUGGUCGAGCGGGCGAUCGCCGACGACGACGCCUUCCAGCUGGAGAUGGUGUACCACAGCCAAGGACGGCGCUGGGACCGCAAGCUGGGAGCGUGGCAGUUGAAGGAGGUCCUGGAGCACUACUUGCACGACUGGCUGUACCACACCAAGUACGGCCGACCGUUUUCCGCCGACCAUGCCGCUGUCCUUCAGUUCAUCCUCGGCCAGAUAUCACUGUUUGAUUUCAACCGGCAGCGUCAGUGGAAGUCAUUCGCGGCUCAUUCGUAUUCAUUUGACGAUGCCGCUGAAAUUGUGGACAGCAUGACGAAGUCGUUCGCAUAUUUCUGGGACGGCCAUUGCAGCGAUGUGCGGCAAGUGUUGACGACUCUGGACAGGCACAGUACGGGACGGGUGGACAUUGCAUCGUUCUACCUGGGUGGACUGCAUGGCGGGGCGUCGGGAUUGGUGGAGUCUGAGGACUACUUGCAGAAGCUCGGCGUGCUGGACGACUCCAAGGCUCACGGAAAGGACGUCAUCAUCCCGAACUACCUCGAGUCUGCACCGAAUUGCGCCGCGGCCACCACGCUCUACCUUGUCUGUUGCCCGGACCACUGUGAGGACACCUACAAGGAGAUCGAGGCGGCAGUGGCAGGACCCACCGGGACCCCAAGGCAGCUCUUGGAGAUCGUGGGCAGCAUGACGUCCCAGCUGGACCUGGAGCGGGAGGAGGAGCCGGACCACCUCGGGGGUACGCUCUCCACGCUGCUGAACAUCAUCGCGUCCAAGCACGGCGGAGUGGUCCCUCUGCACGGGCGGCUCUUUGCGCAGUGGCUGCACUACGCCUUCCCUCGCGAGUGCCCCUUCCCCCAGCGGAGCGGCGCCACGCCGAUGCUGCUCCCCAGCGACCAGACUCUCCGCUGGAGGGCCGUGGCCAGCCACGAGGAGCGCCACCAGCGCGCGAGGGCGGUGGUCCUGGACCACAGCGUGCUCGACGACGACGACGACCUGCCGGAGACGGCGGUGCACCAGGUCGUCAACAGGAGCGACGCCGAGUGGAUGCUUCUGUGGUCGUUCGAGGAGGAGCUGGCCGCCGAGGAGGUCGUCGGCGAGCGGGAGGAGGCGGGCGCGGGGGCGCCCGUGCUCGAGGCGAGGGGCGACGACUGCGUCGCCCUCUACGUGGAGCUCCUCUCGCGCGGCGCGCACACGGACCUGGAGGCGGUGGCCUCGGUGAGCUUCGCCACGGGGCUCAGCCGCAGCGCCGUGCGCGCGCGCCUCGCGGCGCACCUCGAGGGGGCGGCGCGCCGGAGCCCCGGCGACGCCGCGUUGCAGCGGGCCGCGGCCGCCCAGCUCCGGGCCUGGAGGCUCGCCGACGGAGCGCAGGAGAGCCCGCGGGCGCCGAGGCUGCCGUUUGGGCUCAUGCUGGCCGUGGGCGUCUCCUGCGCGGCCAUGCUCAGCUGGGCGUUCCGGCUGGCCAGCGCGCGUGCUCACGGCAAGCAGCCGCACGGCAUCGGCAAGGCGGCCGGCCUGUGCGACCUCGACAAGCGCUCGGCGUUCGUCUGACCAUAGCGCGCGCGCGGGGCGCGGCGGGCCGAUCGGCCGCUCGCACUCCGCACGCAGCCGCCCGGCCUGUGCAGGCGGGCCACGGUGGCCCAGGCGCCACACCGAUGGAUCGCGUCGCGCAUGGCCUUCCCUUCGCAUGCAAGUAAUUACCUGGCCACUCCUCUGCGGCGCCAAGACCACCUAGCUUGCGGCAGAGACUGUCCGAUUGUAUAAUUCGCCGGGCUGGGAGAAAAGCAACUGUCACAGAGGGUCCCCGCGCAUGCUCCAGGUUUGGGGGCACCGUGCAUUGUGUAUUGUUUUUGCUGGCAGGGGCGGCUGGCUUGCGCGCAACUUGCGCGCAACAGGUGUCAGAAGCCAAUGGAGGUGGUGGAUGGGGCUUCGCGCGUGCCCGAGAGUUGGAGGCAAUGCGAACUCUGGUAUUUUUCUGUUGACGGGGAUGGUUGGCCUGCGCGCGUCGAGCAAUAUGCCGGCACCCCCGGGCGCCCGCCGCGUGGUCGCGGGGCGCCCGCGCGUGCUUCAGGUUUGGAGGCAAGGUGCGUCCUGUUUUGUUUGUUGACACGUGGCGGUCGGUUUGCGCGCAACCUGCGCGCAAGGAGCAGCAUGCCGGCACGCCCGCCGCCCCUGUCAAAAACCAAAUGCAGAGUGAUCGCGGGGCGCCCGCGCAUGUUCGAGAUUUGGAGGCAGAGUGCAUGUCGUAUUGUUGUUGGA